GAGAAGAGACGGCCCGGUUCUUCCGGUAACUGUAGUCCGGCUUGCCCGCCGCCGCCUUAGGCUUGGCUUUGCGCAUGUGCAGUAGGGAGUGGCGCGAGUCCACGGCUUCCUGCCGAAGAACAUGAUGCAAGGAGAAGUCAGCCCCAGUCCUUCCCUUAUUGACAGAACCAUCAAGAUGAGAAAAGAAACAGAAACUAGGAAAGUGGUUUUAGCAUGGGGACUCCUAAAUGUAUCCAUGGCUGGAAUGAUAUAUACUGAAAUGACUGGAAAGCUAAUUAGUACAUAUUAUAAUGUGACAUACUGGCCCCUCUGGUAUAUCGAACUUGCCCUUGCAUCGCUCUUCAGUCUUAAUGCCUUGUUUGAUUUUUGGAGAUACUUCAAAUAUACCGUAGCACCAACAAGUCUGGUAGUUAGCCCUGGACAGCAAGCGCUGUUAGGACUGAAACAGGCUGUUGUGCAGACUACACCUCCCCGUGAUUUGGCAACAACCCAAAUCUCUCCAUCUCCACCUUCCCCUUCGAUUCAAGGUCAAAGUGUGUUAAGUUAUAGCCCGUCUCGUUCACCCAGUACCAGUCCCAAGUUUGCCACCAGCUGUAUGACUGGGUACAGCCCUCAACUGCAAGGCCUGUCCUCAGGAGGCCUGGGCUCUUACAGCCCCGGUGUGACUUACUCGCCUGUCGGUGGCUACAAUAAGUUGGCGAGCUUUAGUCUGUCUCCUUCUUCUCCAUACCCUACCACUGUGGGCCCAGUGGAGAGCAGUGGAUUGAGAGCUCGCUACCGUUCUCCACCCACGGUCUACAACUCACCCACUGACAAAGAGGACUACAUGACAGACCUGGGGACUUUGGACGCGUUCCUUAGAAGUGAGGAAGAGAAGCGGCACAGAGUGAAGCCGGGGAGCCCAGAUUCCACCUCUCCUUCUACUAGCCCUACCUUCUGGAAUUACAGUCGUUCUGUGGGUGAUUAUGCGCAGACCUUAAAGAAGUUUCAGUAUCAGCUUGCCUGUAGAUCACAGGCCCCAUGUGCUAACAAAGAUGAAGCCGAUCUCAUCUCUAAGCAAGCUGCAGAAGAGGUCUGGGCAAGAGUGACUAUGAAUAGACAGCUUCUCGAUCACAUGGAUUCAUGGACAGCCAAGUUCAGAAAUUGGAUCAGUGAGACAAUAUUAGUGCCGCUUGUGCAAGAGAUUGAGUCUGUCAGCACCCAGAUGAGAAGGAUGGGCUGUCCAGAGCUACAAAUAGGAGAGGCGAGUGUUACCAGCUUGAAGCAAGCUGCCCUGGUCAGAGCUCCUCUCAUUCCAACUCUGAAUGCAAUUGUGCAGUAUUUAGACCUAACACCAAAUCAGGAGUACUUGUUUGAAAGAAUCAAAGAACUUUCUCAGGGGGGGUGUAUGAGUUCAUUCCGAUGGAACAGAGGUGGAGACUUCAAAGGACGCAAGUGGGAUACAGACCUGCCCACUGAUUCUGCUAUCAUCAUGCAUGUGUUUUGCACCUACCUUGAUUCCAGAUUACCUCCACACCCUAAGUACCCUGAUGGAAAAACAUUCACUUCUCAGCACUUCGUUCAGACGCCAAAUAAGCCAGAUGUUACGAAUGAAAAUGUGUUUUGUAUUUAUCAGAGCGCUGUCAACCCUCCACAUUAUGAGCUAAUCUAUCAGCGACAUGUCUACAACCUUCCAAAGGGCAGGAAUAAUAUGUUUCAUACGUUGCUGAUGUUCCUUUACAUCAUAAAGACCAAAGAGUCAGGAAUGCUUGGGAGAGUGAACCUUGGGCUCUCUGGUGUGAACAUUUUAUGGAUCUUUGGAGAGUAGUUCGUCAUUUAAUUCCAAACAUUUGGACUUUGAUUUUAACUGGUCUGGAAGAAGUUGAAGCUAAGCACCUCCAGUGUGCACACCCUCUGAAAGAGGAUUCGUGUUCUGCAGACUUGUUAGGUUAGCAGGAAACGAGCUGCGGGAAGCUUCGUAUGGACAUAACAAAGCCUGCAUCUUCCAGUCCACAGAACAUGUGUCACAUUGGACAACUGAAACUGCAGACCUGGGCUGUGAGCUAGUGCCGUUCCCUUCACUUGGUGAGGGCAAGGACGCCUCUCCGUUUUAACCCCAGUGAGAUUCUGCACCUCAUUUGUUACCAUCAGAGACUGGUUUCAUUGUUGGAUAGUAGUGUAAGUUCUCAAGUGAACCUUGCUAGUUUUCUUUGUUGUAUCUUUAUAUUUCCCCAGUGUUCUACAAGUCAGCCUAAAGCUGAAAUGAAAUUAAUUUCUAAGUGAUGUAGUAAUUAAUCCUGCUGAGCCGUCUCCCCAGCCCCCUAUUGGUUUUUUUUAUAUUAAAAGAGAUUUGAUAAUAUUGGCAUCUUGAAAGGUCAUUGCUUGCAUUAAAAUUAGCUGAUAAAAUUAAACUUUUGGGUUUUAGUUAAAUGUCUAAGGACACCAAGAAAAUGGUUCACUGCUUUUAUUAGCACUGUGUGUAUGUGCUUGCCUGUGCACUGGCACCUGUAUAUUAUCAGCAGGCACUUUUAUCACUCCUUUAAGAUCCCAACGAUAGCCUUCUUCUAGUUUUCAGGUAGAGCAGAGUAUCGGCUCUCCAUCUUUUCUUCCUAUAUGAGUACAUAGAUAUGGAUCUAUAUGU